AUGACGAACGCGAGGGCCCAAAGCGAUCAGGAGGAGGAUGGCCGAAUGGGAUGGGCCGUGGAGACUGUUCGCGGCGAGGCGGGAAUAUUGAUCGGAAAACGACGAGCAUACGAAAAUAUGCGUUCAGAGAGCCGCCCGAGAGAAAAGAAGGUACGUGUACAGAGCCGUUUAAAAAAGAGACAAUGUGAUUACAGAAUACGAUGCGAUUACAUACAGGGCUGCUGUUUGCAACAGGUCACGAGCUCCGAUGGAAGAUGUGUGUGUUCUGGCACUCAUUUCAUAUUUUCAGUGUGUUUUACUAAUAAUUAUCGUCAUUUCGGUCCGAAACAAGUGUCGGUAAGUCUUUUUUGAAAUUAGUUAUGAAUUUUUAAAGUAUUCGAUCCGAACUAGUGGUGUCCGCCCUUAGUGCGGGGAGAUCGGACGAUGUGAACAUUCUCAAACAGAUUUCGUAUUUUUUCAGUGUUCAAUGUUACAAAAACAAAAAAGGAAAAACGUUUGACCACUGAGCGGAUCGAACGCCCAACCUUUCGAUCUGGAGUCGAACGCGCUACCAUUGCGCCAAGCAGUCAUGUUAGAAACAAGUGUACGAUGGCUAUGAUAACGGCGAAGCGCAUCAUCGGAGAGAUAGGACAGGCCUGCACCUCUGGCCGUUUUCUGAUUUGUAGUUUCUGUGUUUCCGUGUGCAAAGUGAUAAGAACGAAUACACUGCAACUGAUUGAGAACUGAAAGGUUGUCGCAAAUACCCGCGGAACUAUUUUGUCCGACGUACAUUUGAAGUAGAAGUUAUUGAGAAGAGAUGAGUUAUAGAAACCUCUUUUUGCAGUGAUCUCUUUCUCCACUUCCCCUUUUCAUUGGUGUGUAAAGUCUACGUAUCUCUUCAUUCGUUUCCCCAACAUCUCUUUGAUAUCAUUUCUAUCUCAGUUAUUAUCAUUUUCUAAAUGAGAAACUUGCAAGUUUCUCCUGUCGAAUUCAGUUUGUCCCCACUUCCAAAAUUCUCUACACCUCCAAGACCCUCUCCAUGUUUGGUAAAUCUCUCGAAACCCGCUUAUCUGGUUCACAGCAGAACACAUGAACUUUGCUGGUCUCCACGUACCGUUUUCUCUAUUCCCCCCCCUAAACUCACUAGUCUUUUGUUCGCUCACUGAUUUUUGUAAUACCAUCUAUUUUCUUCAGACUCGUGAUUUGUCGUUGGCAACUAAUACGCGUCAGGAGUGUACGCAACUGUUAUCAGUUCGACUUCAUUGCCUUUGUUCCCAAAUUCUUUUUGAAUGCAAAGAUAAUACCUUUUCUCAGUGGGACGCUGAUUUUUGCUUAUUUCUUUAAAUCAGUUUUGUCAAUUAUCGUUUUUCAGAGAUGCCUUCAGUGAAGAGACGAAUGCAGAGCGAACUUCGCAACUAUCAGUUGGAGAAGAAAGAGGAAGACGGAGUUUUCAUUGAAAUGAAGGGCGAGGAUGUUCUCGAUCUCAAGGUUAGAAAGUUCCAGCCGUGAUAGAAAAAUCUGAAAAAAAUUCGCAAAAAUCGGAAAUAUUCUGAAUACUCAUCCGAAUUUUUUUUCGGAUUUUUCCUGAAUUUUCUCGAUUUUAUGUGAAUAUUUGAAGUGUUCAGUACCGCUUGUCAGAUGUUUUCGGCUAUUCUCGACCUUUUCUGCUUUAUUUUUCACUCACUGAGUAUUUGUUGCAAAAUGUUAAAUUCAGAGAACAUUGCGAGGCAAACGACUGAAAUCUAAUACUCAAAUUGCAGUUUUCAGGGGUAUAUCAAUGGAGUUAAAGGAACUCCAUACGAGGGUGGCAUUUUCGAGCUGGAUAUCAAAAUUGGAGAGGAUUAUCCUUAUCGAGCUCCCAUGGUUCGUUCACUUAUUCUGGGCUCCAGUUCACCUCGACCAAUUGCAGAUCAAGUUCGUCACCAAAAUCUGGCAUCCGUCUGUGAACCCUUUUAAUGGAAGUGUGUGCCUGAACGCGCGCAAUGACGCGUGGCCGGUACCGAUGACAAUCUACAAAACUCUUCUGACGAUCCAAUCGUGGAUGUCGACAAUUGACGCGAAAGAGCCGAUUGAUGUUGAGAUUUUGGAGCAGGCAAUCAAGAACACUGCAGUUUUCGAGGUAAAUUUCACGAAUCUUCGAAAUGCUUUACUUUUCUUCGCAGAAAACUGCAAAUUACUGGGCGUGGAAGUUCGCAGGCGGGAGAAGACCAUCAAAUUGGGAUUAUGAGAGUAAAGUUCAGGUUCUGAACAGGUUGACCAGAGAUGAGGUGAGGAAAUCUGACAGAUAAGUGAAAAAAGUUCGUUCACUUUUCAGAAUCUGGCAAUUAUUGCUCUCAGCUAUCACAAUUGGGUUCUACCAAACGGUGUCGGACCACGUACCCCCUAG